ACCACAUUGCAAAAUGUACAUUUAUAGCGUAUUACGAAGUAACCGGAUCUUGUGAAAUUUACAGCAUUGAACCUGGCUACCAAGUAGAAGAAAUAUUAUUUCCUACAAAUGUGAAGUUGUACGGUCUAAUUAAUCGUGACUGUACGGAAGUGAAGCAAUUUUCGAGUGGAAACAGUGGCGUUUAUGAUGUCAAACCCUGCCCAUCAUGCUCGCCCCGCAAAGUGUAUUGUGACAUGGAGACUGACGAACAGGGCUGGACAGUCCUCCAACGCAGACGAGACGACUCCGUCGAUUUUAACCGAACGUGGGAAGAAUAUACUGACGGAUUUGGGGACGUGUGCAAUGAAUUUUGGAUUGGAAACGAGUUCAUUCACAAGAUAACGUCAUCGGCAGUACACGAGCUGCGAAUAGAUUUAAUUGAUUAUGAUGAUAACCAUGACUAUGUCACGUACGAUUACUUCAGAAUUGAAAGCGAAUCUGACAAAUACAGAUUGCGUCUCGGAAAUUACAUAAAUUCGCAAUCGAACAUUCCUGAUUCGCUAAGAAAUCAGGAUAACUGUCAAUUUUCAACAAAAGGUAAAGACAACGAUAACCUUGGUGAUGGCAGAAGUUGUGCUGAUGAUUAUUUUGGUGGUGGUUUCACAAAUGCAGUCAUGCUAAUUUGA